UUAAAAAUAGUAGUAGUCGGCUAAAGUUGUUAUUUCCAAGUAUAUAAAAACAGUAAAGAAAGAAAAAUGAUUUCGUUUAAUAAUUCUUUCCAUUGUCUAUUAUUUUUAAUUUACUUAAUGUUUGCAAAAAGUGAUGGUUAUAGAAUACUGGUAAUUGCUCCUUUAAAUUCAAAAAGUCAUAAUAAUAUGAUGGAAAGUGUUGGCAAAGCCCUGGCAUUAAAAGGUCAUCAAGUUGAUAUUAUUACACAUUUUAAAUUGAAAAAUCCCCCCAAAAAUUUUACGACAAUUAUCAAUUUGGAUGGUACGUUGAAGGAUAUGGUGAAUACAUGGACUUUGGAAAUGGUGGAACAUUAUCGGAAUGUUGAUAUUGUUCCGACUGUGGUUAAAGAUUUUGGCAGUAAUUUAUGUGAAUUAAUGGGACUCGAGGAAAUGCAGAAAUUCAUCAAAAAUCCACCGAAAGAUCCUCCCUACGAUUUAGUGAUUACAGAGGCCUUGGGGGAAAAUUGCUUCUUUGGAUUCGGGCAUAUUUUGAAAGUUCCUGUGGUGAUGGUGUCGUCAUUGACGGAACUUUUGUGGUUUGAUGACAUACUCGGGAAUCCAAUGUCAAACGCUUAUACAGUUAAUAUGGAGACGAAAAAUUUUCGAAUCGUCACAUUUUGGGAUCGAGUGGAGAAUCAUUUUUGGGCUCUUUAUAAUAAUUAUCGAUUUUUUAAGUUUACUGAGGAACAUCAAACGGAGCUAAUGAGGAAAUAUUUGAGUCCCGAUAUACCGAAUAUUAGAGAAAUUGAGAAACAGACGUCUCUACUUUUGAUAAAUGCAUAUCAAAGUUAUUUUGGCAUAAGACCAUUAACGCCGGCGAUGAUUCAAAUUGCUGGCAUUCAAAUUGAACUCAGCGAGACGAAAAUUACACCGGAACUAAAGACCUGGAUGGACGAAAGUAAAGACGGAGUAGUUUUCUUCACUCUUGGAUCGAUGGUGAUUAUUGAGGAUUUUCCAAAAGAAAUUCUACAAAGUUUAUAUGCAUCUUUUACCAAAUUGGCGCCAAUAAGGGUCCUCAUGAAAAUAGUGAAUAAAGAAAAACUACCACCGGGUCUGCCGAAAAAUGUCCUGACAAUGUCGUGGAUUCCACAAAUACCAGUAUUAAAGCAUAAAAAUACGAAAAUAUUUAUGACUCACGGCGGAUUAAAUAGCGCUCAAGAAGGUCUGUAUUUUGCUGUUCCCAUGAUUGGUUUUCCAUUAUUUGGUGAUCAGCCGUUAAAUAUUCGACUCCUGGCUGACAAAAAUGUGGCUUAUGAAAUAGACUACAAGGAUAUUACGGAAAAAUCGCUGACUAAAGCUCUGAAUGCUGUUCUCUACGAUCCCAAGUAUCGAAACGCUGCAAAACGUGAAUCUCAACUAUUUCGCGAUCGACCAAUGACUGCAACAGAAACAACAGUUUUUUGGGUAGAGUACAUAAUCAGAAAUGGAGCAAAUUCUCUACGAUCGCCAUCGAUGGACAUGCCCUGGUGGAAAGCUGAACUCGUCGACGUCUAUCUAUUUUUCUUCACAUCUCUUCUUUUAAUAAGCUACACCGCUUUUUUCAUUCUAAAAAAAAUAAUUUGCCUAUUCAACAAAAGUUUAAAUUCCAAUUCGUCGAAACAUAAGAAAAGGGAUUAAUUCUUUUCAUUUUAAUUUCACGAACAAAAAUUACAUUUCAUUUUAUAAUUCGUACGAUA